AUGAGCCAGAGUUCGCCUUAUAUCUGUUCCUUUUUGGGGCUCUUGCCCUUUUGGAUACUGUGUACAUCCUCUACCAACAAAUGUGUUGUUAGGCAUGAAGCAGCUGACUGCAGUCAUCUGAAGUUGACACAAGUGCCCGAUGACCUCCCAGCAAACAUAACGGUGUUGAAUCUCACCCAUAACCAGCUCAGAAGAUUACCACCUGACAACUUUACAAGAUAUAGCCAACUUACUACCUUGGAUGGAGGAUUUAACUCCAUCUCAAAACUGGAGCCAGAAUUGUGCCAAAAACUCCCCUUGUUGGAAAUUUUGAACCUCGAACACAAUGAACUAUCUCACCUUUCAGAGCGAACUUUUAUCUUCUGUGUGAAUUUGAUGGAACUCCAUCUAAGGUCCAAUUCAAUCCAGAAAAUUGAAAACGAUCCCUUCCAAAACCUGAAGAAUUUAAUCAAAUUAGAUCUAUCUCAUAAUGGUUUGUCAUCUACCAAAUUAGGAAGUCAGCUCCAACUGGAAAAUCUCCAAGAGCUCCUGUUAUCAAAUAAUAAAAUUAACAUCCUGAGACGUGAAGAACUGGAUUUCCUUGGCAAUUCUUCUUUGAAGAAAUUAGAAUUGUCAUCAAAUCCAGUUAAAGAGUUCUCUCCAGGGUGUUUUCAUGCAAUUGGAAAAUUAUUUGGCCUCUCUCUGAACAAUGCUCAACUGAACCCCAACCUCACAGAGCAGCUUUGUUUAGAACUGUCGAACACAAGCAUUCAGAAUCUAUCCUUGAGCAACACCCAGCUGUACAGAACAAGCAAUAUGACUUUCGUUGGGCUCAAGCACACAAAUCUCACCGUGCUCGAUCUUUCCCACAACAACUUAAAUGUGAUUGAUAAUGGUUCCUUCGUUUGGCUUCCACGUCUAGAAUAUUUCUUCCUGGGGUAUAAUAAUAUAGAACACUUAUUUUCUCACUCCCUGUAUGGGCUUCUCAGUGUGAGAUACUUGGAUUUGAGACGAUCUUUCACCAAACAAAGCACUGCCCUUACUUCGCGUCCCAAGAUCGAUGAUUUUUCCUUUCAGUGGCUAAAAUGUUUGGAGUAUCUUAACAUGGGAGACAACAACUUCCCAGGUAUAAAAAGCAAUAUGUUCACGGGACUGAUAAAGCUGAAACACUUGAGUCUAUCCGACUCCUUCACAAGCUUGCGAACUUUAACAAAUGAAACAUUUUUGUCACUUGCUCAGUCUCCUUUGGUCACGCUCAACCUAACCAAAAACAAAAUCUCAAAAAUAGAGAGUGGCGCUUUUUCUUGUCUGGGCCACCUUCAGGUACUCGACCUUGGCCUUAAUGAAAUUGGGCAAGAGCUCACAGGCCAAGAAUGGAGAGGUCUAGGAAAUAUCAUUGAAAUCUACCUUUCCUACAACAAAUACCUACAACUGACUCCUGGGUCUUUUGCCCCGGUUCCAAGCCUCCAACGCCUGAUGCUCCGCAGAGUGGCCCUGAGAAAUGUGGACAGUUCUCCUUCACCUUUUCAUUCUCUUCGCAACUUGGUCAUUCUGGAUCUAAGCAACAACAAUAUAGCCAACAUAAAUGAUAAACUGUUGGAGGGUCUUGAGAAACUAGAAAUUCUGGAAUUGCAGCACAACAACUUAGCACGGCUAUGGAAACGUGCAAACCCUAGUGGUCCUGUUUAUUUUCUAAAGGGUCUUUCUCACCUCCACAUUCUUAACUUAGACUCUAAUGGCUUUGAUGAGAUCCCAGCAGAGGUAUUCAAGGGCUUAUCUGAAUUAAAGAGCAUUGAUUUAGGAUUGAAUAAUUUAAACAUAUUUCCGCUAUCUGUCUUUGAUGAUCAGUCAUCUCUAAAGUCACUGAACCUUCAGAAGAAUCUCAUAACGUCAGUUGAGAAGGAUGUUUUUGGGCCAGCCUUCAGGAACCUGAGUAAUUUAGAUAUGAGCUUUAACCCAUUUGAUUGUACCUGUGAAAGUAUUGCCUGGUUUGUUAAUUGGAUUAAUAGUACCCAUACCAACAUCUCUGACCUGUCAAGCCAUUACCUCUGUAAUACUCCACCUCAAUAUCAUGGUUUCCCGGUGAUGCUUUUUGAUAUAUCAGCCUGCAAAGACAGUGCCCCCUUUGAACUCUUUUUCAUAAUAAAUACCAGUAUCCUUUUGAUUUUUAUCUUUACCGUAUUGCUCAUCCAUUUCGAAGGCUGGAGGAUAUCUUUUUAUUGGAAUGUUUCAGUGCAUCGAGUUCUUGGUUUCAAAGAAGUAGACAGACAGCCAGAGCAGUUUGAAUAUGCAGCAUAUAUAAUUCAUGCCUAUAAAGAUAGGGAUUGGGUCUGGGAGAACUUCUCUCCGAUGGAAGAAAAAGAUCAAACUCUCAGAUUUUGUCUCGAAGAAAGGGACUUUGAGGCAGGUGUCCUUGAACUUGAAUCAAUUGUUAAUAGCAUCAAAAGGAGCAGAAAAACUAUUUUCGUUAUAACACAGCAUCUAUUAAAAGAUCCAUUGUGUAAAAGAUUCAAGGUGCACCAGGCAGUUCAGCAAGCUGUGGAACAAAAUCUGGAUUCCAUUAUAUUGAUCUUUCUUGAGGAUAUUCCAGAUUAUAAACUGAACCAUGCACUCUGUUUGCGACGAGGGAUGUUUAAAUCUCACUGCAUCUUGAACUGGCCAGUUCAGAAAGAACGGGUAAAUGCCUUUCAUCAUAAAUUGCAAGUAGCCCUUGGAUCCAGAAAUUCAAUACAUUAAAUUUAUUUAAAGACUAAGUUAACAAAGGCGUAACUUUCCCCCACUUAAAGAGUUUCAUAGUAAAUUUAGGUUUUAUUUGAAAAUAAUAUAUAUCUGUUUAUUCAGACUUAGAGAGGUUUCUGAUAAUUAUAUUUGGAGUUUUUUUGGAUGCACUCAUAGGAAAAUAAG